GUUUCUUGCACUGAUGAGGAAAAAUUGCUGAAGUCAUGAGGCUGCUCCAGGCAGAACUCUCAUCUAACAGACCUAAAAGAAGCAUCAUGUUCCAUGACUUCAUUUCACCCCAGGGGACUUCAGGCUGUCCGUGACCGGAAGUUCAAGAGUAAAAGGCCACGGAGUAACAGUGAUUCUUUUCAGGAAGGGGAUCUGAAGCAAGGUUUUCAGUGGAGAAAGAGCCUCCCUUUUGGAGCAGCUUCAUCUUACUUGAACUUGGAGAAACUGGGUGAAGGUUCUUAUGCUACAGUUUACAAAGGGAUUAGCAGGAUAAACAGACAACUUGUGGCUUUAAAAGUCAUCAGCAUGAAUGAAGAAGAGGGAGUCCCCUUUACAGCUAUCCGGGAAGCUUCUCUUUUGAAGGGUUUGAAACACGCCAAUAUUGUGCUGCUGCAUGACAUAAUCCACACCAAAGAGACGCUGACGUUUGUUUUUGAAUACAUGCACACAGACCUGGCCCAGUACAUGUCUCAGCACCCAGGAGGGCUUCAUCCUCACAACGUCAGGCUUUUCAUGUUUCAACUUUUGCGGGGCCUGGCGUACAUCCACCACCAACACGUUCUUCACAGGGACCUGAAGCCUCAGAACUUACUCAUCAGUCACCUGGGAGAGCUCAAACUGGCUGAUUUUGGUCUUGCUCGGGCCAAGUCCAUUCCCAGCCAGACUUACUCUUCAGAAGUUGUGACUCUUUGGUACCGCCCUCCUGAUGCCUUGCUGGGAGCCACUGAAUAUUCCUCUGAACUGGACAUAUGGGGUGCAGGCUGCAUCUUUAUUGAAAUGUUCCAGGGUCAACCUUUGUUUCCUGGGGUUUCCAGCAUCCUUGAACAGCUGGAGAGGAUCUGGGAGGUGUUGGGAGUCCCUACAGAGGAUACUUGGCCUGGAGUUUCCAAACUACCUAACUACAAUCCAGAAUGGUUCCCACUGCCCAAGCCUCAAAGCCUUCAGAAGGUCUGGAACAGGUUGGGCAGGGUUCCUGAAGCUGAAGACCUGGCCUCACAUAUGCUGAAAGGCUUUCCCAGAGACCGUGUCUCUGCCCAGGAAGCCCUGGUUCAUGAUUAUUUCAGCGCCCUGCCGUCUCAGCUGCACCAGCUUCCCGAUGAGGAGUCUUUGUUUACAGUUUCAGGAGUGCAGCUGAAACCAGAAAUGUGUGACCUUUUGGCCUUGUACCAGAAAGGUCACCACCCAGCCCAGUUUAGCAAAUGCUGGUGAAGAGAAAGGAUGACAUCGCCAAGAUUCUUCCAGGGCUACAUUACUGCCGUUUCAGUUUUAACUUGCUUUAGCUACCAAGAAGCUUCAAAUUAACUCCACACUGGACCAAGGGUUUUAUACCAUCACCUGUGACCUGAAAUGUUUUAAAUAUGAUGUCCAAGGCAAUGUUACAUAACACUUGAAGAAAAAGCAAUGGAAAGUUAUUGCUGUUGUCAUUUGCCUAGAAUUUCACAGUGAUUG